AUGAUACUUCCGGUACGGAAAUGUAUCUCGUGUCCUUGUCCAGCAACUCCAACAACUUGUCCAGUAAUGCCUUUUGAUCACUGUCCAUGCAAUGUGCAAAUUAGUCAGCUUCUACCAUGCCCUAUCGUUUCAGGCACGUUUCAGGUAAGAAGUCGGCGCCGAAAACGACAAAUGGUAGAAGUAAUAGUACCUCUGGACGACAAGCCAGCAAUUGAGUAUCUUCGGAGACUUGGAUAUGUGGAAGAAUUCAACUUAUCAUCUGCAAAUAUUUGUCACCCGAUAAGCUUAUCAGCCAAUGUUUUAUCUCCAGAUGAGAAAACAGCAGCAGUGGUACCGGUACCAAUGCAACCAUUUCAGGCUGCACUGUUCGCUCAGCAACAAAUACCCAUUCAACUUUUAACAAAUUCCAUGCCGCAACAGUUUGCAUUUGGCGGAAUAAAUGGUGUGCAACCACUGAAUUUUGCGCUUGUGUCUCAGCAGCAAGAGAAACAACAACGGAUGAUACCUUCCGGAUCAGCUGAACAAUCUAAAUUGACAGAUUUACUUGCAUCUCCACCUAACACUCAACUAAAGAUAAAUGACACACCAAUCGCAAUGAUCAAAACAAUAGCGGGGUGA